AGAAAGCUUGUUGGGUCUUCCAGUCCUGGGUUUGUCAAUUACAGAAAAGGUUUGUAAAGUGGAGUGGAUUGAAGCGUCGCCAUGGCCCAGCUGUCAAGCCUGCCUGCCUCUGCAGCCUCGGUCUCCAGUUUGACGGGACCCAGCAGCCUGAACCCAGGCGUGGGGGCCAACGUGUUCCAGCGCCGGGGGGCUCUGAAGCAGAAGAACGUGAUGGAGGUGAAGAACCACCAGUUCAUUCCCCGCUUCUUCAAGCAGCCCACUUUCUGCAGCCACUGCACCGACUUCAUAUGGGGGAUCGGAAAGCAGGGGUUCCAGUGUCAAGUCUGCAGUUUCGUGGUUCACAAGCGCUGUCACGAGUUUGUCACAUUCACCUGUCCAGGAGCCCACAAGGGACCCAAACCAGAGGAACUUCGCAGUAAGCACAAGUUCAAGAGCCACACGUACAGCUCCCCCACGUUCUGUGAUCACUGUGGCUCCCUGCUGUAUGGACUGGUGCACCAGGGCAUGCGCUGCUCAAGCUGUGAGAUGAACGUUCACAAGCGAUGCGUGUCCAGUGUGCCGAACCUGUGUGGCCUUGAUCACACAGAGAAGAGAGGAAGAAUACACAUCACAGUGAGGGCUGAGAAUGGAGGAGAGGAACUACAUGUGACAGUGGGGGAGGCUCUCAAUCUCAUCCCUAUGGAUCCAAAUGGACUCUCAGACCCGUACGUGAAGCUCAAGCUGGUUCCCGACCCGAAGAACCUGACCAAGAAGAAAACCAGAACCAUCCGGUCCACUCUAAACCCAGCUUGGAACCAGAGCUUCACCUUUUCCCUGAAGCCUGUGGACUGGGAUAAGCGGCUGUCGGUGGAGGUGUGGGACUGGGACCGUACCUCCCGGAAUGACUUCAUGGGGGCGCUGUCAUUUGGGGUGUCAGAACUGCUCAAGUGGCCUGUGUGUGGGUGGUUCCGGCUGCUGAACCAGGAGGAGGGCGAGUAUUACAACGUCCCCGUCACGGAGGACCUGAGCGAGGCAGAGCUAAAGCUCAGGAUGCAGCGCUGUAGUAUCUCCCAGCCCCCUUCACUGGUCUCCCCCACUGCAGAGAGUCAGCGCUCCAGCCUCUUCGGGACUCCCUCUGCUUUCGGGAUUGAAGAUUUCAAUUUCCUCAUGAUGCUGGGAAAGGGCAGCUUUGGGAAGGUGAUGCUGGCUGAGAGGAAGUGUGUCCCUGACGAGCUCUUCGCUGUGAAGAUCCUGAAGAAGGACGUAAUCAUUCAGAAUGAUGAUGUCGACUGCACUCUGGUGGAGAAGAGGAUAUUGGCAAUGGAGGGGCGACCUCACUUCCUGACAUCACUGCACUCAACAUUCCAGACCGAGGAUCGCUUGUACUUUGUCAUGGAGUAUGUGAACGGUGGAGACCUCAUGUAUCACAUCCAGCAAGUCGGGAAAUUCAAAGAGCCGCACGCAGCGUUUUAUGCUGCUGAGAUUGCUGUUGGUUUGUUUUUCUUACACAAUAAAGGAGUUAUCUACAGAGAUCUGAAGUUGGACAAUGUAAUGCUGGACUCCGAGGGUCACAUUAAGAUCACCGAUUUCGGGAUGUGUAAGGAGGGGGUGAUGGAGGGGGGCAGCACUCGGACAUUCUGCGGGACUCCAGACUACAUAGCACCUGAGAUUAUUGCCUAUCAGUCCUAUGGGAAGUCAGUGGAUUGGUGGUCUUUUGGAGUUCUGUUGUAUGAGAUGCUCGCUGGACAGCCCCCCUUCGAUGGAGAGGAUGAGGAAGAGCUGUUUCAGUCCAUCAUGGAGCACAACGUCUCCUACCCCAAAUCUCUAUCCCGUGAGGCCGUGGCAAUAUGCAAAGGGCUCCUGACGAAGCACCCAGCCAAGAGGCUCGGCUCCUCUGUUGAUGGGGAGAAAGAGGUGCGGGACCACGCCUUCUUCCGCAGAAUCGACUGGGUCAAACUGGAAGCACUGGAAAUACAACCACCCUUCAGACCCAGACCAGGUGGCCGGAACGGAGAGAAUUUCGAUAAAUUCUUCACCCGCGCCCCCCCGGUUCUCACCCCUCCAGAUCGGAUGGUUCUGGCCUCGCUGGAUCAGAAUGAGUUUCGAGGGUUUAGCUUUGUGAACCCUGAGUUCCUGCACCCCUCGGAGAGAGAGCGGGAUCGAGCCGGGCUGCUGCCCUCACCCCUUAGUCCACACACCCCUGUAUCACUGGUCUGAGAGGCUGAGAGAAUAAAUACAUUGAACACCUGUCCCCACCGCUAUCGGGGGAAAAAACUGCAGCUCCCAUCAUGCCCCAACACUAUCAGUAAGAGUGAAGGAUGCUGGGAGCUGUAGUUCUUGACGCAGUGACAGUUUAGGUGGCUGCAGUAUAAUAUGAUGAUUGGGUUUGCACUUUCCUCCUCGUAGACCCCAGUGUUAGAUGUUAGUCAGGCUGCUCUGUAGCCAGGAUUCAAGAGCAGGGCUACAGGAAAGAGCAGCAGAAAGUAAGCAGCAGAUAUUAUACCUCCCCAUUGAAACCUAUUAGCAGCAGCUACACUUUGCUCAGAGUGUAGAUCUCAUACUCACAGUGUCAGUGACAAGCAUUCAAAACAUUUAAACCACAACAGGACUCAUCACAUAGAGAUAGGACUUGAAAACUACAUGUUUAAAAUGUUUAUUUUCUAAUAUAAAAUAAAACUACACCAGGGCAAUGCCAAACCCGAUCUAGGAAAGGCAGGCAGCCAGGCCCUGCAGUUUGAAUCGAAUGUUAUGGCGUCAGUCCUGUUGCUUUGUGAGUUUGGUGUUCAUGUAAGAAGAUUCUGUUUUAUUAGUUAUUAGAGUAUUUAAGACAUAAAUUACAAUAAAACCUGCUAUUAAGGUCACUCAGUAUAAAGGCUCCUCAAUAUGAAUUAUUUUGUUAGCUAUAAUGAUUUUAAUAUUGAGGUUGGAUUGUAAUUCUUACAUUUUGUUCAUUUAUUUA